AUGAUGUCUGGUGAUAUCUUCUCCCUUCCCAAUCCUCAUCAAGAUCAGCUCGAAACAAACCCUAACUCCAGACCUAAUCCGAACCCGAUCCCGAGCCCGAGCCCGAACCCCACCAAGAAGCGAAGAAAUCUACCAGGUACACCAGAUCCAGAUGCAGAAGUCAUUGCACUAUCACCCAAGACGCUCAUGGCCACGAACCGAUUCGUGUGCGAAAUCUGCAACAAGGGCUUCCAAAGGGACCAAAACCUUCAGCUCCACAGACGAGGCCACAACCUGCCAUGGAAGCUCAAGCAGCGGGCCAACAAGGACCAAAUCAAGAAAAAGGUCUACAUAUGCCCCGAGAAGACAUGCGUCCAUCACGACCCGGCCCGGGCACUCGGCGACCUCACGGGCAUCAAAAAACACUUCAGCAGAAAGCACGGCGAGAAGAAGUGGAAAUGCGAGAAGUGCUCGAAAAAAUACGCGGUUCAGUCGGACUGGAAAGCCCACUCCAAGACCUGCGGGACGAGGGAGUAUAAAUGUGACUGUGGCACUCUUUUUUCCAGAAAGGAUAGUUUCAUCACACAUCGAGCCUUUUGCGAUGCGCUAGCCGAUGAAAGCGCGCGGUUCACGAAUAUCGGAGCCAAUAGCUUGAACUUCAGAAGUCAAGAUUUUGUGAACCGUAACAACAACAACAGCAGCAACAACAAUAAUAGUAAUAAUAGUAAUAAUAAUUUGAUGGGCGGAUUGGGAUUUGCGAAUCCGAAUCUUGCCGGAGGCUUCCGUUCGCCGGACUUCGGCCCGAUUCUCGGAGGUGACAACCACCACCACCACCACAAGCCCGGCCUCCCGUUGUGGCUAAACCACCAAGCAAAUCCUCAUCUCAACCCAAAUAUCGACCAAAGUUCGGGUCUUUUCAUGGCCCAUGACAUGAUCCAAAUGACUACUAGCCCGAAUAAUCUUUUCGGGCCGCCGGGGGCGGCCCAAUCGAUGGGGACUACUACCUAUUCGAAUCUCUCUUUGUCCUCAUUGCAAGGGAAUAUGAAAGAGGAGCCCGUGAUGGGCGGGAAAAUGGUAGUCGAUCACUCUUUAGUAUCCUCGCUCUACAGCUCGGAAAAUAAUGGGCCGGCCGCGAUGUCUGCCACGGCCCUUCUCCAGAAGGCGGCCCAAAUGGGAUCCACGAAGAGUGGGCCCGGCUUUUUUGGGAACACAGUUGGGGUUAUGAAUUCGGGCUCGUCCCCUUCGUCGUCCUCGACAAAUGCUGCGCUGUCUUUUGGGGGGGCUCAGGCAGGGAGGAGCGAGCUCCACCAGGUUUUUGGGGCGGUCAUGGACGGUUUUGACGGUGGAGCAAUUGGUCGAGCACCUGGUGGGCAGGUUAAUGGGAGGGGGCUGCAUGGGGCGGCGGAGAGUGGCGGGCUGACGAGGGAUUUUCUGGGGAUGGGCGGCGGAGAAGGCGGAGAGGGAGGGCCGUUCUCGCCGCAGGAGCUGGCGAAGUUCGUGUCCAUGAGCUCGGCCAUGGGGCUCGGCGGCGGACACUUUACCGGAGAUCACUAG